AUCAUGUCACAAGAUAUAUGAUGUGAGGAAGCACAUGUCUCUUAGCGUCGCUUCUUGUUUCCGUCAGUUAAGUAUUGUAGAAUAACAUCUCAAAAACGUAGUUGAUGUUUUUUUGGAUAAGGAAUCUUGGGACUCUGAACACUGCAACAAAGUAGAUGUCAAAGAUUUCAUUAAUUUAUGUCAACAAGCCAAUGAACAAUGACUCUACAGAGUGUAGUGCUACUCUUUAUUGUAUAUAUUCAUCAAGUGUGUGCAAGAGACGAAAAUAUAACUGGUUACAUUGGCCAAUCAGUCAUCUUGAAAUCCGGAGUAGACCAAUCAUGGAACCUCACUAGAGUUCAAUGGUCCAUUUAUGAGAACACAACAUUUAUAGCAAGUCUUAAUAAUGGCAAAAUUAAUACAGACAGGUUUUGGAGACACAAGGGUCGACUUGAGCUCAACCCCAAAACAGGGGAUUUAACAAUUAAUGAUUUGAGGUUAGACGACAACAUGAUUUAUAGUGUGGCCCUGGUAAACUCAAAUGAAGCUCGGGAAGACGCUGAAGUUAAUCUGACAGUCCAAGAACGACUCAUGAAGCCGGAUAUCCAGAAAGCAUUUAAUUUCACCAAAGAUGGGCAGUGUUACAUUGUACUUAAAUGCAUUCCGUCUGGUGAAAACGUCAUUCUGUCAUGGACUCCUGUGGGUGUGUUCAAUGGAUCCUAUAUUUCAGGAAGCCCAAAGUCUAAAGACUCUAUUCUUUUGAUAUCAUUUAGCGGAAACAGAAGCGUAACCUUCAACUGCACAGCCUCCAGUGGUCAACAUAACGAGUCAAAUCAAAUAACAGUGGGAUGUACAGAGGAGAACCAGAAGCCUGAAGUCUGCAGUUUGUGCAGUUCGUGUACUUCCAUGGUUUUGUUGGCUAUUGUAAUUACAGCUGUGGUUUUUGGUUUACUAUAUGCCUCUAAAGACAUGAUUAAAGCUGCCUGAGUAGACGGCCCCCUCCACCUCUUCCGGAGUAUAUAUAAAUGUUAAAAUCAUUUAACCUGCAUUUGAAUUUCAAUAAAUCAUGGCAGCUCUUUUAUUUAAA